AUGACCUUCAAGAAUCCAAUUUUUGGAACCAUUCAAUAAAAUUUGUAUCCCAAAGUCUCAACUUUUAUCUCCAUCAAUAAUUCACAAACCCCUCAAAAAAGGUCGACAAUGCAAAUUUUUAUGGUGAUUGAUUCAAGAAACUGAGGUAUAUGUGUUUUUAGUGGCUAAAAUGCCAACUGGGUUAUUUGUGAAGUUGAAUUUAGGAUUUGCUAGAAAUUCAGCUUCUUUAUUGUCAAAUUGUUCUCAUUUUUCACCAAGGCGUUAUCUUUCUAGUUAUUCUAUGGCUGCUUCUAGUUCUAAAGCUGUUUUUGGUAAUGGUGAUGUUUAUUUUGAUGAUAUGGUGACUACUUGUGGUAAUGGAUUGGAGGGUUCAAAACCUAGUAGUGUGUUUUUUGUUGAUAGAAGUCGAGCUAGUUGCGGAAAAGUUGGCAUGAGAAUGAGAAAUCGGCAGGUUUCUGAUAGUCGUUUGGUUUGCGGGUACUCGAGUUUUGAUGCUAUACGGAGGAGUGGUAGUUCGGAUAGUUUUGUUGUUGCGCCAUUGUCGAGAAAUUUGUACACAUUGUGUUCUAUGCAAUUAUCUGUGAAAGCUGCUCGCGAUGUGUCCUUUGAUGGGGUUUCACGUGAGGAACAGUUGACGAACUCUACUAUGGUAUCUGGCCAAACCUUGAAGCUGGUCUCAGGAUCAUGUUAUAUGCCACAUCCUGAUAAAGAAGCAACUGGUGGGGAGGAUGCUCACUUUAUUUGCGAAGAGCAACAAAUUAUUGGUGUGGCAGAUGGAGUCGGCGGUUGGGCAGAAGUGGGAGUUAAUGCAGGAGAAUAUUCUCGUGAGCUUAUGUCUAACUCAGUAAGCGCAAUCAAAGAUGAGCCUGAGGGUUCAAUUGACCCAGCGAGAGUGCUAGAGAAGGCACACUCUAGAACAAAAGCUCAGGGUUCAUCCACGGCCUGCAUCAUCGCCCUUACAGAUGAGGGAAUACAUGCUAUAAAUUUAGGAGACAGUGGAUUCAUGGUGGUUAGAGAUGGAUGGACUGUGUUUCAAUCCCCAGUGCAGCAACAUGGCUUCAAUUUUACCUUCCAGCUGGAAAAUAGUGGCAAUAGUGAUCUACCUAGCUCUGGCCAGGUUUUCACUUUUCCAGUUUCUCCCGGUGACGUAGUAAUUGCCGGGACAGAUGGAUUGUUCGACAACUUGUACAAGAAUGAGGUUAGUACUGCCGUUGUUCAUGCCCUAAAAGAUGGCUUAGGCCCUCAAGCAACAGCUCAGAAGAUUGCAGCUUUGGCGCGCCAACGAGCACUGGAUAAGAAUCGGCAAUCACCUUUCUCGGCUGCUGCUCAAGAAGCUGGGUACCGCUACUACGGAGGCAAACUGGACGAUAUCACUGUAAUUGUUUCAUUUAUAACAAGCUCUUAACAAUGUCUGACAGUUUUGAUAACCAGUUAUUUGUCUUGAAUCAUUCUUUAACUGGCUGAUAAAAUCCCUAGAGCUGUCUUUGUGCCCGAGUACCUUCGGAAGCAAGUUAUUGAUUGAUGCCUACUUGUUUCUUUGUUCA